UGCGUGUUGAUGUGAUUUGAUGUGGCGACUUGCCCCCCAUCCCCGCUAGCUAAUACGUAAUAAAGCCCCGGGUGGUUUUCCCCGUUCCUUUUCAGACUUCUUUUUUUAUUUUUUUUCCCCGCCCCUUCCAUGUAGUACGAUGACGCCUAGCUGGUUGAUGAAGACGAUGCGUUCUGGCGAGAGAAGGAACGUCCGUGCGGCAUUCUGUGACAUCAGAAGUCGGCACGUGCGCUUCCUCUUGCUGCGCGUAUUCGUCUUCUCCUUUUUCCUGAUCUUAGCUGCCAUGCUCCGCAGCUACAGUCCGUUCAAGGGACUGUCCCGCAGAUUCUCGUCGUUGGCUGUGAUUUCGAAUUCCCGUGCGCACGUGGUUGGGCGCCUUCUGCAGGCGCCCACAUCGGCAGCCCCGCCAUCUCUUCCGUUCGUAUCAUCACUUCCGCAGGGACUCUUGAUCGACAACUCGGUACGGGUCGUUGCUUCACAUCCAUCCCCGACACAGAAUUGUAAGUCUGUGAUCACGAACCUGGUGGUUUCGCCUCAGAAAGGGUUGUACUAUGUCCUCGAGCAGACCUGCUCGAACGGCAGCUCAAACAGCAGCGUCACGUCGAUCAGAAAAGCCAACUUAUCGAGCGCAACCCAGGGAUCGGACUCGGCGGAUGACAAAUCAACAUUAUUAACCUACUUGUGGUCUUACGAAGAGCGGAACGGGUCGAGAAUUGCAGAACGACCGGAUUCGACGGCUUCCGUGAUGGGGAUGGCCCUUUCGAAAGAUCGUUCCCAUCUCAUCUUGAGCGUAUUCUACUCUUCCCCCGACCUUUCCGAAGAUUCUGACGAUCUCUACCCCUUCAAUAGCACCAUCACGUCCUUGUCUGUUUCUGACUACUCCCGUCUUUCUUCCUCCACGUUUUCCUUUGAGUUUAUUAACAAAAUCUGUUUGGACCCUUCCGGAGAGCGUCUGGUUUAUAAUAGGCUCUCUUACGGUGGACUCGAAUAUGUUCGGGUCGAUAGCUCGGGACUUCCAUUGGAUGUACCAUUAGAAUUAGACAGCGAUUCGAAAUCUAUAGACAGCGAUUCGGAGUCCCCGUUUAGAUUCAUAAAUGGAAGUUACAUUGGUGAGGCCAUAUUCCAAUCUCAAAGCUUUGUGAACAAUUGCCUUUAUUUUUUGCAGACAAAUGGGAUGCAGCUGUCCGGGUUUCACCCGUUCAUCGAGGGGACCGGACCCACAUUGCUAUUGAACUUUGGUUUAUCCUCAACGGAACGUAGCUAUGAUGUUGUGGUCACUCGAGACGGGUGUCAUCUCUUUUCUACCGUAUCGAAUUUACUUUUUAUUGCGGACAUCCGCAGACAAUGCUCUGAGGUAGGAAAUGCCGUUUUUGAGUUGGGGUACCCAUCGGGUACAUUUAGGGGAUUGGCAUUGAUGGAGAAUGACGUGGUGGGGGACGCAUACUUGUACUUGGGCUCUGAGGACGGGAAACUUUUUGAAGUGCAGUUGAACAGGUCUGGCAGAGGCUGUGUAUUCGAAGCGGAAUCAAGCAUUCCCCCCCCAGAUGAAGGUGCCGUAGAAUUAAAACCAAGAAUUCCCCCCGCAGAUGAAGGUUCCGUAAUACUAUUAUCAAAAUCAAGCAAUCCCACUGAUCUCCCUGGAUUUGUCAUCACUGUGGUGGUAACAGCUAUGGUGAGUGGCACAGUGGUCGCCACGGUAAUCAUUGGCAGCUUGAUGUGCCUACGGCGGAGAGCGCGCCGCCGACCAGCUGGUCCGGAACGUCCCCUGGAAGUCGGUGAACAAGCGGCGUCAUCUUUAAUGGAAGAUGAAGCGUUGGACGCGUGGGGAAUUAAGCCGUCGCGGGUCAAGCAGUUCGCUUUCAGAGUCCUGUCGGAAAGUACAGACAAAUUCAGCGAGGGCCGAAGAAUAGGGGAGAAGGGAGCGUUUGGGAAUGUUUACAGGGGCUCGCUCGACGGCAAGGAGGUCGCGAUGAAGGUGAUGACGGGUGAGCUAACGAACACCAAACGGAGCCAGUUUGUGGCCGAAGUGAACACCCUCAGCGGGCUCAAUCAUGCUAAUCUCGUACAACUAGUCGGGUACUGCCUCGCGGGCGAUCACUGCAUCUUGGUGUACCCGUUCUUCAGAGGGGGCAGCCUUCACGGGCGGCUGUUCCCCAAGGCCGUCACUGGGAAGGAUGCAAAAGCGCCGGAGACAGACGAAAUUGUCGAGGAUCCAUCCCCUCCGCUGACGCUUCUGGAGCGCAUGAGCAUCGCCUUCCAGGUUGCCAAGGGGCUCGGCUACCUUCACGACGCCGCCAGGCCGCCGAUUAUCCAUCGGGACRUCAAGAGCAGCAACAUUCUGCUCGGCGAGGGAUCUGGCGAGAAGCUUCACGUCGUCGUAGCGGAUUUCGGAUUAGCAGCCAUCGGCGAGAGAGUAUUGGGCACCGGACAUGACCACAUUGUGAUGACCUCUCACAUCGGCGGCACUUUCGGGUAUAUGUCGCCCGAGUACAUGCUGAGAGGAGAGCUGUCCGAGAAGAACGAUGUGUACUCUUAUGGCGUACUCGUUCUGGAGCUGUUGACGGGCAGGAAGGUGGUCGGGCCGGCUCCUUCCGGGUUCGGAUGGCAGACGCUGGUCGAGUGGGUGAAGCCUUUCCUUCGAGGGCCAGUCGUCCAGAUCGGGAGCAUGGAGAUGCCCUACCCGAUACUCGAUCGGUGCUUGCGGGAUCAGGUGGCUGAGGAGUCCAUGAAGAAGAUGGUGAUGAACACAUUCCGACUGGCUUGGGAAUGCGUCCAAGAGGAGUAUGGGUCCAGACCAGCCAUGAGAGAAAUCAUGCAGCGCAUGCACAACAUGUUCCUGGAAGUGGGUUGGGAUCGACUGACGGUGAUGAUGGGGGACCUAGAAAACGAUGUGGAUGAUGAUGCGAUAACCGCUACAUGAGGUCUCAAGGAAUGAUGAAGCAGCAGGGGCCUGAUGAUGUCUUUCAGAAAGUUAUUAGCGCAAGGCUUUGCCUCGCCCGUACCGAGUUUUCGAAUGGACGCUUGCAAUCAUGCAACGUGUCACGAAUGGUUUGACUUAUGCUAUCCUACUUCCCGCUCUGCAAUAAAGUGUUUUUUGAAGA